GUGCGUGCACGUUGCAAACGUUUUCCAACGGACAUUUUGCAAAAUAAAUUUUCAAUCAUUUUUGACGCGGAAAUUUACUUCUAAAACUUUCUUAACAGUUAUUUUUAUAGAUUAUACUUUUGUCUUAAGUGAAAUUGUUUCCGGAGUUCACAAUGGAUCGACUCGAAAAAGCUCUGACUCUUUCGUUGGAUGAUUAUAUUGCCGAAAAGGGGAUAGUUUCUAGUCUGCGUCCGAAACCGGCUGCGCUCAAAGAUCCGGGCUAUUUCAAGCGUCCAUUGCAAUCGGAAAUGGAUGAUGAUGAGAACGAAGACGACAUGCUGUUCAUCGAAGAUCGCUCCGGCAUGGACAUGGAAGAGGAUGGGAGCCAGGCACCGGAGACGGAUCCGGAUCUUCCUCCAUUGGUUCAGAAAACGUUCAGCCGUAAUGACGAAAAUAGUUCGCAGGCAGGAAGCAGUCAAGAAAAUCCGAAACAGUUAUCCGUUCAAGUGGAUUCGGGUUCCGAAAUCCGUACGUUUGUCACCGAAGAACAAAAGCAAGGCAUUAAAAAUAUGCCCUCGCAGCAGUGGCGUUUGAACCGCAAAAAUCAAGUUUCCUCUAAACCGAAUGGGGUUCCACCGCUUAUGUCGGUUAAGGCCGUCUUUGAUCGUAACACGGAACGUUUGAUAGCGUCGCUGGGUGAAAACGCCAAGUUUCGGAACGACGACGCUCGUAAGCGUAUUAACGAACGUUUGGGAAAUUCCCGGUACCAUAACAACAGAAACAAUAACAAUUGGAACAAUAAUGGUGGUUUUAAUCGCAACCGAAACAAUUGGAACCGCAGAAACAAUGACCGUAAUCGUAACCAGAAUGGGGGGAACAUGAAUAUGAUGCCGAGCUUCAACCCGACUGCAGACCGUCAAGAGUUUCGUAAUAAAGCUCAGAUGAACAAGAAUAACAUUCGUGAUCUUCGACCGUAUAUUUCGCCGCCGUCAUCGUUCCAGGGCGGUCUACUUCCGAAUCCUUAUGACAAUCCACAGAACCGAUUCGGACAGCAAGGUCUGGUCACUUUUGCUGAUAUGUUGAACCGCAUCGGUCAGGUGUCAACCGUUCAAGAUCGGGAAAGCUUCGUCGAUGUGGUGCGCAACAUGAUGCGUAACCAGCAACAAGAUUUUCGACCGCCGAUGGCCGUUAACCAACCGAUGAUGCCCGGUGCAAUGUCGAAUAUGUUAUCGAGACCAGAUGCGGUGUCGCAGAUGAGUCCGAACGAAUUAAUGCCGGUGGCCGCUACGAUGCUGCUCAAUCAUAUCAGCACCGUUCAGCAAAAUUUCGGUCCGAAGUAUGAUAUGAAGGUACAGAAGGACAUCCACACGUUGCAAGGCAAAACAAUGAUGUAUCGCCAGCACGGUGUGGUCAGUAUGGACGGUCCCGGAAUAGAAGCGGAAAAGGUCACGCCCACUACGACAGAUUUGAGCAUGAACAUGCGCUUCAGUUAGAGAUUUUAAAACAAAAGUUUUAUCAUUCGAAGGAGAUUUCAUUUAUUUUUGUUAUCGAGGAUUAUCGUAACUAACCGAUAAGCAAUCGGUUUUUAGAGUAUGAUAUGGUUCCUCAUAUUUGUUUCAUUUAUGUUAUUUCCAACGUGGAUAAAACGUGUAUUCCUUUUUGCUUCAAUUGAUAAUAAAUUAACAGUUCUCGUACAGUUGUAAAAGAGUACACAAUUUCAUACUUAUAGUAGCCUAACAGUGUUAUCUAUUUUUAAUGUAUCUUUUUCAAUCGAUUAACUAUUAGAAAACUUGAUCAAAAUAGCUGAGGAGGAUGGUUUUUGAGCAAUAAGCAUAUCAACUUUUAUUAUACUAUAACACUUUGCGUUGUAAGCAACUUAGCUGUUCAAAAGUUGCUCGCCAAUAGUUGAAAUUUAUAUUGACUGAUAUUGUCACCUACGUAUUUUUAAGUUAGUUGAAAAGAUAUAGGAAAGCAAUAUUUCAAAUAUGUUGAUAAAUUUUAGUUAAUAAUCCUCAAAAUAAUACUUAGGUUACCUUACUUCGAUUAAAACCCAAAUGAGCAGCGAUCCAGUUUCUCCACUUUGAUAUAAGAGACCACGCGUAGCUGAUGGUCGAUAGGAGACUUUUAGUCUCAAUCUCUACCAUUUAUAUGAAGUGAUUGUAACUUCACGAAAACUACAAUUUUUUGCUACGCAACAUUACCUACUUUUGUGUUACAAUAAAUUGCCAUUUUCAUUAAUAAACAGCUCUGUCUAGGUAAAAUAC